AUGCCACGUAAGCUACGUAAGAAUAUACGUAAGAGGAAGGGAGCAUUGAAACAUCCAAUAGUAAAACUGACACCACAACAACAGUUGCAACAACAAAUAAUGAAUGACCCCACUAUGUUGCAACAAAUGUCAAGCAAUCCUAUGCUUUUAAACCGAGUUAUUGGUGCACAGAGUGGAGGUUUAAGAGCGGCACUUUUAGCGAAAAUGGCAGGCUAUGGUGGAGCUGCAGACGGAACAGCUUAUAACCCUCAAAGUCAAAUGAAUUUGAGUUCACUCAAAAAUCAAAUAGCAGAUGUCAAAAAGUCAAACAUAGACAUACAGAAACAAAUAGGUGAAAACGAAAAGAAACUAGAAUAUGACAGACACACAAAGAAACUCAAUGAGUUAAACGUAGAGAAAAAGAAGAAAGAAGAACAACUGAAAGAACUAAGUACAGAGGAAUAUGCGAAAAAAGUGUCAGAAAAAGCAGCAGAAGUAGCAAAAAUGGAACAAGAUGUUAUAAAUUUGAAAAACCAUACUACUCAAUAUAAAGUACUG